AUGGUUGAUGUUCAAGAUUUAGAGAAACCUCACAAUGGAUUUGUCGAAUUUUGUUCAACAUACGACUCAAUCCUGAGGGAAAAGGAACCCAGGAUUAAUCGCCGGAUCGUUUUACAGAGAUCAGCUGAUAUGUGGAAAUCUAUCGGCGAAGAGAGUCGCAAUAGCUUUAAGGACCUGGCCGAAAAAAAGAAAAAGCUUUAUCUAAUGCACUUUCCUGA